AUGACAACAUGUGAGAAGAUCACUUGGCUCCUUUCAGAGGGUGAGCGUUGGCUAAAGCCUGAAUACAGAUGUUCUGGAAGGUCAAUGCUUCACAAGAAAUCCAAAGUGGAAUUCCACCCGCUUGGCGUUAUUGGUGCCAUUGUGUCAUGGAAUUAUCCUUUUCAUAAUAUCUUUAAUCCAAUGCUGGCAGCAGUUUUUUCUGGAAAUAGUAUUGUGAUUAAGGUUUCAGAACAUGCAAGUUGGUCUGGUUGUUUCUACUUCCGAAUAAUCCAAUCAGCCCUUGCUGCUGUAGGAGCACCUGAAAAUCUAGUUGACGUCAUAACUGGAUUUGCUGAAACUGGAGAAGCGCUGGUGUCUUCUGUUGACAAGAUAAUAUUUGUCGGAUCACCUGGUGUGGGUAAGAUGAUAAUGAGAAAUGCUGCUGAGAUGCUUAUACCAGUUACACUAGAACUUGGUGGAAAAGAUGCAUUUAUUGUUUGUGAAGAUGCAGAUGUGGAACAUGUUGCCCAAAUUGCUGUGAGAGCUGUUCUUCAGUCAAGUGGACAGAACUGUGCUGGGGCUGAGAGAUUUUAUGUUCAUGAGGACAUUUAUUCUUCAUUUGUCAGCCAAGUUUCCAAGAUUGUAAAAUCUGUUACUGCUGGUCCACCACUUGCUGGAAAGUAUGAUAUGGGAGCUAUAUGUUUGCAAGAGCACUCUGAAAGGCUUCAAAACCUUGUAAAUGAUGCCUUAGACAAAGGAGCAAAAUUUGUUGUUCGGGGAAGUGUUGGCCAUAUAGGUGAAGGUGCAGUUGAUCAGUUUUUCCCACCUACUGUAAUAGAAAAUGUAAAUCACACGAUGAAGUUGAUGCAAGAGGAGGCAUUUGGACCAAUCAUGCCAAUAAUGAAAUUUAGCACUGAUGAAGAGGCUGUCAAGCUUGCUAAUGACUCAAAAUAUGGACUUGGCUGUGCUGUUUUUUCUGGCAGCCAGCGUCGUGCAAAAGAGAUAGCUUCCCAGAUACAUUGUGGAGUUGCUGCAAUCAAUGAUUUCGCAUCAACAUACAUGUGUCAGUCCCUGCCAUUUGGCGGUGUAAAAGACAGUGGAUUUGGAAGAUUUGCCGGUGUAGAAGGAUUGCGAGCUUGUUGUCUUGUAAAGUCAGUUGUUGAGGAUAGAUGGUGGCCAUACAUUAAAACCAAGAUACCAAAGCCUAUUCAGUAUCCUAUUGGGGAGAAUGGUUUUGAGUUCCAGGAGUCACUUGUUGAAGCACUCUAUGGCAUGAACAUUUGGGACCGUUUGCGAGCAUUGGUUAAUGUUCUAAAGAUUCUUACAGAGCAAAACUCUCCUGCUAACAGUAAGAGAAGAGAUGACUGA